UUACAGGUAUAGUCAUCUCUAACUUGAAUCUCAUUGUUGUCACCAUGUAUCACUCGCCUAGUGGUAGUUUUGAACGCUUUUUUUAUCUACUUGACAUGUGUCUAGUUUAUUUAACUUCCCUGGGGUUAGAUAUUAUAAUCGGCACUGACCACAAUGUGAAUAUACUCAACCAUCCAAGUGAGGCCAGUGAUUUCAGGAACAUUCUCCGCAGCCAUGAUAUAUUCUUCAGUGUCAAUGAACCAACCCGUGGUCUAUCUCCUUUAGACACUGUUCUUACCAAUCUUGAUAGCUGGAGAUACAUGGCCCAUGUAAGUGUAGAUCAGAUAUCUGAUCACAAACAUGUUUUUUUUAAACUAGAUCUACCUGAAGGUGUAUCCAAACAUGGUCUGCAGGAACCUGACUACUUAAAUAAUCCUGUCAAAACUGUAACUUACAGACAAUUUAAUGAAAGUAACUACUGUUACUUUCAAUGUGUAUUGACUGAUCUGGCAGUAAAGUGGCUCUCUGAAAUAGAACCAUUUAAUGCUGAACAAUCCUUUGACUAUUUCUUUGAUAAUUUCAGAAAAGUUUUUGACUAUUGUUUUCCCUUAAGAAAUAAAACCUGCAGGACUGUGCCUCCAGCCAAGGCAAAUGCUGGGUGCAGUGUAAACAACUGGUACACACCUGAACUCUCUGCCUUUAAGAACUUUAUCCUAGGUAUCAGUGACUUAUGCAAGAGUAACCCACAAUUGCUGCCCUACCUUCGUGAUCUCAGGAAGCAUUAUCGUUUGAAGGAAUAAGGUUCUACAAUGCCUUACCCAUAACUGUAAGACAACUCUUACCGAACAAGUUUGCGACCACACUAAAAGCUUGGAUGCUUGCCAAUCCAUUCUAUUCCAUUAAAGAGUUUUGGAAUGCACAGCUUGUUACUAUUGGGUUGAACCCACAGUAGUCCAGUAGAGGUAUUACAAAAAUGUAAAUUUAUUUAUUUUUCUCUGCCUUGCAUGGCUUGCAGCAUGUGGUUUUCAUUUUAUUUGUAUUUUUAGUUGCAUGCACUGCUUUGCAUGUUUUUGAGAUCCUGCAUGUGUUUUUUUUCAGCUUUUAA